AUGUCGGCUUCUGGUCCAUUCAGACACUUGGCACGCUCGUUCACAACCUCGGCAACAGCGCACCAGCCACGGCACAGCCUACGCUCCCUGGCGUCGUCGCUGUCGUCAAAACACGUGCCAGAGCAGAUCCCGCGGCCUCAGUACGCAGCAACUGGCACUCCACCCGCGUGGCCAUACAAGAUCCCGAUCCUCAGUGCAGUCGAGAUCGAGAGACUCCGGCAUGCAUCGGUGAUUGCACGCGACGCACUCAGGCUGGGCGGCAGCCUGGUGAAGCCGGGCGUGACGACCGAGGAGAUUGACAGGAGAGUACACGAGUACAUCAUCUCUCAAGGCGCAUAUCCGUCGUGUCUCAACUACAUGGGGUUUCCGAAAGCCAUCUGCACCAGCGUAAACAACGUUAUUGCGCACGGCAUCCCCGACACGCGGCCACUGCAGGACGGCGACUUUAUAAACCUUGAUGUGACCGUGUACAAGGAUGGCUUCCACGGCGACAACUCGGCCAUGUUCAGCGUCGGCACCGUCGACAAGCAAGGCAGAGACCUGAUGGACAUAACAAAGGAGUCCUUGGACCUGGCAAUCCAGGCAUGUGGUCCGGGUGUGCGGUUCGCAUCUAUCGGCGAGACCAUCAGCUCGCUGGUAGAGCCGCUCGGGUACACGGUCUCGCAAGAGUUGACGGGCCAUGGCGUGGGCCGCGAGUUCCACCAGAACCCGCUCAUCUACCAUCACUGGAAUGAGGAGCCCGGCACAAUGGAGCCCGGCAUGGCGUUUACAAUUGAGCCGAUUGUGUGCCAAGGGGUGGCGACUGGCGUGAUGUGGCCGGACGGGUGGACGAUUGCGACACAGGACGGCGGGCGGUCGGCGCAGUACGAGCACACGCUGGUGGUCACCAGCCAUGGCGUCGACGUGCUGACGUCGUGA